AUGGCCUCGGAGGUGUCCUCGCUGGGCGCAGGGAACCCCGGGCCGGGCGCUCCGGCAGGAGGAGCCGUCGCUCAAAGAGCCACCAAGAGACGUCCAGGGCUCGAUUUUGAUGAUGAUGGAGAAGGAAACAGUAAAUUCCUCAGGUGUGACGAUGACCCGAUGCCCAAUGAUAAGGAGAGAUUUGCCAGGUCUGAUGAUGAGCAGAGCUCAGCGGAUAAGGAGAGACUUGCCAGGGAAAACCACAGCGAGAUCGAGCGGCGGCGGCGGAACAAGAUGACGGCCUACAUCACCGAGCUGUCCGACAUGGUGCCCACCUGCAGCGCCCUGGCCCGCAAGCCCGACAAGCUGACCAUCCUGCGCAUGGCUGUGUCACACAUGAAGUCCCUCAGGGGCACGGGCAACACCUCCACGGAUGGCACCUACAAACCCUCCUUCCUCACCGACCAGGAGCUCAAGCACCUGAUCCUGGAGGCAGCUGAUGGGUUCCUGUUCAUCGUGUCCUGCGAGACGGGGCGGGUGGUCUACGUGUCGGACUCGGUGACCCCGGUGCUGAGCCAGGCCCAGUCAGAAUGGUUUGGGAGCACCCUCUAUGACCAGGUGCACCCUGACGACGUGGGCAAGCUGAGGGAGCAGCUCUCCACCUCUGAGAAUGCCCUGACAGGUCGCAUCCUAGAUCUGAAGACAGGGACUGUGAAGAAGGAAGGGCAGCAAUCCAUGAGGAUGUGCAUGGGCUCACGGAGAUCCUUCAUCUGCAGGAUGAGGUGUGGCAGCAGCUCCGUGGAUCCCGUCUCUGUGAAUCGUCUCAGCUUCAUGAGGAAUCGCUGCAGGAAUGGUUUAGGUGCAGCCAAGGAUGGGGAGCCUCACUAUGUCGUGGUGCACUGCACAGGCUACAUCAAGGCCUGGCCCCCUGCAGGUGUUUCCCUGCCUGAUGAUGACCCGGACGCUAGCCAGGGCAGCAAGUUUUGCUUGGUGGCCAUUGGCAGGCUCCAGGUCACCAGCUCCCCCAACUGCACAGACAUGAACAACAUUUGCCAGCCCACAGAGUUCAUCUCCAGGCACAACACUGAGGGCAUCUUCACCUUCAUCGACCACCGCUGCGUGGCCACUGUUGGCUACCAGCCUCAGGAACUUUUGGGGAAGGACAUUGUGGAUUUCUGCCACCCAGAAGACCAGCAGCUUCUGCGGGACAGCUUCCAGCAGGUGGUGAAGUUAAAAGGCCAGGUUCUGUCAGUCAUGUUCCGAUUCCGAUCCAAAAACCGGGAAUGGCUCUGGAUGAGAACCAGCUCCUUUACCUUCCAGAACCCCUACUCGGAUGAAAUUGAGUACAUCAUCUGUACCAACACCAAUGUCAAGAACUCGAGCCAGGAGUCCCGGCCUGCCCUGUCCAACUCCCUGCAGAGGCCCCAGCUGGGGCAGAACGUCGGGCUGCCCCUGGAAAUGGGCACAGCACCACUGCCCUCAAGGCAGCAGCAGCCACCACAACAGGCAGAGCUGGAAGUGGUCCCAGGAAGAGAGAGCCUGGCUGGGUAUGACCACUCACAGGUUCCCGUCCAGGCGGUGAGCGCCGCGGGGCCGGAGCACAGCAAACCCCUGGAGAAGGCAGAGAGCCUGUUCAGCCAGGAGAGGGACCCCAGGUUCAGCGAGAUCUACAGUGGGAUCAGCACAGAGCAGAGCAAGGCCCUCCCUGCCAGCACCGUGCCUGCCAACCAGCCCCUCUUCACCCAGGGAAACACUUUCACCCCAUCCCGACCUGCUGAGAACUUCAGGAGCAGCAGCCUGGUGCCUCCCGUCAGCCUGAUCCCGCAGCCGCCCGCGCCCUCCGGCCGCAUCCUGCCCCAGAUCUCCCGCCACUCCAGCCCCGCGCAGCCCGGCGGGACCGGCUGGGGCCCGGGGACACGGCCCCCCUUCACCCCACAGCAAGUGGCAUCCCAGACAGUGAAGACCCGUCCCCCUUCCUUCAGCAUGGGGACAUUCCAGGGGACCCCAUCGUCCUUCAGCCCCAUGGCAGCACCAGGCUCCACAGCCUCCCCCACAGGGGCCACCUACCCCAAUCUCACCAACCGUGGUGCAGCCUUCAGCGCGGAGGCGGCGCAGGGCUCGGCUCCCUUCCCGGCACGCGCGGACGGCGGCUCCGUGGGGAUGUGGCCCCAGUGGCAGGGACAGCACCACGGCCCGGCCUCGGGGGGGCAGCACGUGCAGCAGCCUCAGCCCAGCCAGCCUGAGGUCUUCUCAGACAUGCUGACAAUGCUGGGAGACCAAGGACCCAACUACAACAAUGAAGAGUUCCCAGAGUUGAACAUAUUCCCUUCUUUCUCAGAAUAA